AUGGAGCCUGAAAGUCGCACAAAUGAAGCCAUUCCUAUUCCUCAGGUCACUAUGCCAACUAAUGCUCCCGAGGUUAAGAGCCCAGACUGGGAGCACCGCACACCAUGCGAACGCACCUUCAUAGCUAUCUUUUUGGAACACAUCCUCCCCUUGAUGAAAGGCUCCAAUGAACUCGAAUGGCAAUUUUAUGUCAUCGACCCCGCGAGAAUCGACGACCUCGUCAUGACCGCCAUAGCGUUACUUUACUCGAGACACAUGAACUUGUCGAGCGUCGGGAGAUUCGCCCAACUAUACCAAGACCACUUUGCAGAACUCCUGUCUAUCAGAGAAAACACGCAUCUCUUCAGGGACGAUGAAAACCACCAGACCGUUGUCGCUCUGCUUGUUGUGCUUCUUUCUCAGGCUGGCGGCCCUCGAUCUAUGUUUCUAGAGACUGAAUCCAAGCUGCUUGAGAUUCUGGGUCGUCUUAACCCGAGGGGUUAUACUUCAAUCGCAGACCGUAAUUACCAUAUAGCCAUCGGGCGAUGGAUUUUGGCAGAGAUCGAGCUCAUGAAGAAAACAAGGGAGAUGCUUGGGAUAGAUUAG